UAUUUGCUCACAAACAUUCAUGAACCCAGGGUCCCUGACAUGGGUCUGACUACAACCUUUGGUUCCCACAAGUGUCAUGUGAGUGAAACACAUGACACUGCUGCUAGCAGUCCGAUGUUGCUCCACUCGCUUUUGUUUUUGGUGGUCUUGGUGUCAAUGGACCAUUUUGAACCUGCUUCCUCCACAGAACCAGGAAAAGAAGAGACAACACAAACAUCAUGCCCCGAAGGCACAAACUGUCACGUUUUGGACAAACUGAGGAACAGAUCCAAAUAUGUUGCAAGGAGCUGUAAAGAGAUCAAAGAAAGAUACAAUGAACAGGAAGAUGGCUUGUAUUUUCUGACCACUGCUAAUGGCCUGGUCUAUCAGACCUUCUGUGACAUGACCACUGAUGGUGGAGGCUGGACGCUGGUGGCGAGUGUCCAUGAGAACAACAUGUAUGGAAAGUGCUCAGUGGGGGACCGUUGGUCCAGUCAGCAGGGAAACAAUGCUGACGUGCCAGACGGAGAGGGGAACUGGUCCAACAGAAACACCUUCGGAUCGGCAGAGAGCGCAACUUCAGAUGACUUUAAGAAUCCCGGUUACUAUGAUAUAUUAGCAGAAGACAUGUCCGUUUGGCACGUUCCCAACGACUUUGCCCUGGAAACCUGGAAGAAGGCAGCCAUCCUCCGCUACCACACUGACAGCCACUUCCUCCCACUCUAUGGGGGAAAUCUCCUUCAGCUUUUUAAGCAAUAUCCAGUGAGAUACAACGUUGGCACGUGCGUCAACAGAGGACCAGCUUUUGCUAUUGUGUAUGACAAGGGAAACAGUGAAACCGUCAGGAAUUUAUAUGGACCCAAUCCAAGAGCGGAGUUUGUACCUGGUUUCAUCACAUUCAGGCCAAUAAACAAUGAGCGUGCAGCCAUGGCUAUCUGCUCUGGGGCCAAACCAGUCUCAGGAUGUAACACUGAACAUUACUGUAUCGGUGGAGGUGGAUACUUCCCUGAAAAUAGUGGACAAUGUGGAGAUUUCCCAGGAUUUGACUGGGACAGAAUUGAUAGAGUUCGUGGCUGGAGCGCUUCCAAAGAAGUGACUGAGGCAGCUGUAUUGUUAUUUUACCGUUAAGAGGAUCAUGUGUACAUGUGGUUUAAAAUAUUAAGUCCUAACACUAAUCACAGCAUGUCUCACAUCACAGAAUAAAAUCAAUGUGAAAAGACCUGAUAUUAGUUUUUCUCAUCCAAGUUUAUUAUCCAAUUAAAUGUUGUCAUUGAUCAUCACUGAAUAUUUUAUUGAUCAUUGUAUUAUCAAUGACUCUACAUAGCAAAGCUCUGAGGUCUGAAUCACAGUAUGUCUCUAUGUGUUGGUUCCACACAAAUAUGGCAGACUGGCAAAAACGAUAAAACAGCUCUUACUGCACAGCUGCUCAGUAGAUGUCACAAAACAACUACAUAUUAACUGUAUUUAAAUGAACAGUCACAUCAGGAUUUUUUAUGUUUUCUUUUAAUUAUGGGCAUUGUUUUUAUAAGUUGCAUUAAAUCCUAAAUUAAUUAAAUUAAAUUAAAUUGUUAUCAGAAAGACUUGCAAUAAGGAGUUCAUGCAACACAAUAUAUACUUUUACAUUGUUCUUUAUUUAAGGAGAUUCAAUUUCCUGAGUAUUAUAUUGCAUAUACAGUAGCAACACAAUUGAAGUAAAGGGGAAUCCCAUACUUGGUUGUUUACAUGGAGCAGAAUAUUUCCUCCGACCUACUCAAUAAGAAUAA